GCGUGCAGCGCGUACGCGCUGUGUGUUUGUGUUGCUACACUAUUUGACAGCUCGAAUUCUGUUCCUGCGCAUUACCAUUACAGACCAUCCGACACCGACUGUGGAAGGGGGAACAUUUUCUCUUGAGUUGACAGCACUGGAUCAUAUAAAUGUGUGGUUUUAUGUAGCAUGCGAAAGAUUCACGAAACGGAGGCCAUGUAACGAUCAACUCAGGUUUGAUCGUAGAAGAUGCUCGGACGCUCGGACUGGUGCUGGAAUUACGAAGACAUGAUGUAGCCAUUGAGCUGGUGAUCUGUAGCGUCCAAAGACGGUGUUUCUCACCUGAUCGAGUUCCAACCUUAUUGAGUCAAGAUUUUCAACCCUUCGUGAAAAUGAGAUUUAAAUGAGCAUUGAUUAAGGAGAUGACGACUUUCCAGGACGUGAGCUGGCUGGUUCAGGUGGCUCUCUUCUGUGCCUCGCUGCUGGUCGUACUAGCCUGGCUCGUUCAGUUCUCAUUGGCAUUGCUUCGCCCCAGGUGGUGCACGAGGUUUCAGGGCAAGAGGGAGACCAAAUGGCAGCUGCCCUUGAGUCUCACCCACCAGACACUGACGGGCGGCGUGUGGGGUUCCCUCCUGAGGCUGAGGCUGGGGCGAGACGGGGCAGGGAGUGACACUGAGGCUGGCGUCAAAGGCCUUUUGUCAUCACUUUUUGUGUUCAAGUCGUUCAGAGAGCACUGGCAGAGAGCUUGGGUGCGGGCGCUCAAUGAACAGGCCUGCAGGCAAGGGAGCUCCAUUCAGAUCACCUUUGAUGACUGUCUUCAGCUCCCAACUUCUGCGUCGAUUGACCGUGUGACUUGCACUGACCAAUCAGUACGCAGCAUGGUCCUGAAGUGCAGUUGUUCAGUCGACACUGUAACAUUUCCCGUGACUGUCACUCAGCAGUCACAUGCAGCUGUUUCCAUGGAUACCUACCAGAUCACGGUGAAGCCCAUGCAGGCCCAGUUGCAGGUCUGUCUUGAGGAAGUGGAGGAAGAGGGUCUCCUUGUGUCCUGGACCUUUUCCAAGCAGCCUCAUCUCUCUUUAACUGUAACACCACGCCAGAGAGUACAGAAAGAGGGCUCUGACAUGGAGGUGGACAGUGAAAUGAUUGCGGCGCUGGUGGAGGACACACUGUACACAACACACCCUGCCAUGAUCCUCAACCUGAGAGCCUGUGUAUCAAGCCCUGCGUUUCCCAGGGAGAAGCAGAUUGGUGGUCUGAGCUCUCCAUCUCAAAGCACGCCUGUCAGGCAGAUUUUGGUGCACCAGCUCAGAGCAACCAACAUCAAAAAAGGAUGUCAGACUCAUGUAGGAGAGCUUUGUUGUAUGCUGAGUCUGGACACUCCUUCCAUUGAACGGAGAACCGGCUUCCUUACUCCUUCCCCCAGUCCUGGAGCAGCCCUUCACUGGACUGACGACUUUACACUGGAAGUAGGACCAGAAACCAAAGAACUCCAAGUAAGACUUGUGGAGAAGAACAGCAAAGGAGAGCAGUUUCUGCCUGGUUGUGCUUCCUUACAAUUGGAUCUUUCUAAAAGAAUUUCUAAUGGACAACAUAAACUGUCCAUCACGCCGGGUCAUGGUCUGGCUCCAACUGCAGUUGUGACAUUAGAACUGUUGUAUUUGGAGUCCAGUGAUUUGCGUGCAGGUCAGAAUGCCACUCCUCCGCGAUCCUUGGUCACCCCCUCAAAGAAGGUGGACGUAGACCGCACGAUUAUGCCUGAUGGCACCAUUGUCACUACGGUAACCACCAUCCAGUCUCGACUAAAACUGGACUGCAAACUAGGAGACUCUCCGUCUAGGUCUCCCUCAAAGGUGGAGGUGACUGAAAAGACCCCCACUGUGCUCACAAACAGCUUCCAGAGCACCAGUGCCAGUCCCACCCCCAGCACAGAAGGCACCCUCCCUAAUGGGUUGGAUCCCAUCACAGAAACGGCCAUUCGGCAGCUAACCGAGUCAGCUAGUAAGGUACCUAAGAAGACGCCUACUAAACGCAGCACUCUCAUCAUAUCUGGGGUGUCAAAGGUCCCCAUUACUGAAGAUGACUCAGCCUUAUCAGUGGGCUACGCUGCAGCAAUGGACGCAGCCCUACAGGGGCCGCAUUCUCCCAGCGGAGCCCCAAACCACCACGAAGCAGAUGAGACUACGCCAUCUGACGUGUCUGAUCGACCAUCUGUGGAUGAUGUGGAGUCGGAGACCGGAUCGACCGGAGCGCUGGAGACACGUAGCCUCAAAGACCACAAAGUGGGAUUCCUCCGCAGUGGCACCAAGCUACUAUUCCGCAGGAAACACAGAGAGAAAGACCCCAGUUUCAGUCAUUCCCACGAGGACAUCUCUAACCUGGGUAAUGUCUCCUCCACAGCCUCCUGUUCCUCCACCAGCCGUAAAAAGUCUGGAAGCUUCUCUCGCCGCCUCAUCAAACGCUUUUCGUUCCGCUCGUCCAAGACAAAGGGCAAAUCCAGCACAGCCAAUGGAGGAUCCAGCACUACAAAUAACUAAAGGAGAAAUAGAGAGGAAGGACGAGUAAGAGAGACACGGUGCGGGCACCAGUCAAAUGAGUGUAGAAUUGGAUCCAAAUUUCUCCAGAACUAAUUAUUUAUGUUAUAUACUGAUUUUCUACAACCUAGUUGGGGUAACAUAAUUCUUCAGACCACAUUGUACCCAGGAAGCCAGCCUUGUUUAGGUGAGUUUUUUUUUUCUGGAACAUCAUCAUUCAUCUGUGAUUUAAGGCUUUCAGGUUGGAAAACGCCAAAAUAAAUGUGGAAGAUAAAAUGAUUUGACUAUUUAUGGAUGCACUGCGAACCUAAUUAAUUUGCUAAAAUGGAUAAAAGGGUGCUUUUGUGGAUAAUUAUGAGCGAACAAACUUGAGAAACUCGAAAGGGUCUUGUCAUGCGGCUGUUGAGCACAAGGGGGCGACAUAGACCUAUGACUUGAUGCCUCCAACACUGUCAAUAUGUGUUGUUCUUCUUAUUUAUUUCAUCAGUUGCACUUUUGAUCUUAUUCGGAUUGUUUACAAUUCUGGGGAUCUCUUUUUCUGUCGUUUUAUUAUGUUUGUGUAUCGUUUACUGUUAUCAGCACUGUUUUAUUUCUCCUGAGCUCACGAGGAGUAUUUCCAGAGUGUGAUAUGCAAAGACAUGCUGUGAGCUUUGUUCUCGUUUUUCUGUUGCUAUAACAUUUAGAUCAAGGGAUAUUAUGCCGUUUUCAAAUAGUGCUACAUUUGACUUUCAUUGUGGCUUAAUGAUCUUUUAUAAUGAUGUUUCUAUUUGUUUAAGAAAACGGAGACUGAGAACUUACUGUAGGCAUAUCUCACUAAAUUACGUUCGUGUGUUGGUUGUAAAGUGUAAGCACUUAAAGGGAUACACUACAGGGGAAAACGCAUUUGUGUAUAUGUAUAAAUUAUUCCACAACUUAUUGUAAAUCAGGCUGAAUCUGCAGCGGAGAAUAGUGCUAUUUUUAGGGUCCACGUGAAAACAAAGCUCAGGGGAUACAAUGAAAAGGUGAAAUAUGUUUAAUCACGGUAUCUAUCUUUUUUUUUCAGAGAAGGUUUGAACAAAACAGGCGUGAACGUUACCCCAGUAACACACAACCCCGUUUCCUCCUUCUUCUUUUUGUUCUUCCUUUUUUUUCAUUUGAGGUUAGUUGUAGUAAACUUGUACAGAGUAGCGGGCUUCCGCACGUGCGUUACUUACCACAAGUAGAUUUUAUUAAUCGUAAUGAUAAUAUUGAGCAGAAUAUUUUAUUGUUUUCUGAUACACUACAAAUUCGCGUUAACGGUAAGUUAUAACGUUAGUUCACACACAAAGUUAUAGCGUUACCAUUAUUCACCUUGGUUUACUUUGUAUGGAUCAUAGAUUCAGUGGUGACCGAGGCUGUGGAUGUACAUAAAAUCUAUUUUUGUCUUUUUUUUUUCUCUUGUUAUCAUUAAGUCAUACAGGUUUGUAAAUGAAAAGUAAUCUCAUUUUGUGUGAACUAUCUCUUUAAGAAAUCUCUCUUGUCGUAUCCCCCUCCAUCCCAUAUGAUCAAGCGAAAAAUAAAAAUUGUUGUAACGUUAACCCGAAUCUAAAUAAUACAGGAAAACGUUUCACCAAUAAAAUGAUGACUUGCAGUUCAUGAAUGAAUGACAGUUUGUGUGUGAGUCCUGGAGCAUAAAGCCUGAACAUGUUAUAUAUGACCAGAAUGUUAUGAGAACUGCGAACAAUCUAAGACAGUGGACCUUCUGAUGUAUUCGGAGAUUUAUAUUAUUGUGUUUAAUUUGAUGUUUAAUAUAUUCUAAAUAAACUAUUUUUGAAAAUCCA